AUGCUGGUAUGGCUGUCGCGCUGCCUGCCGGGGUUCAGCAUUAUCGCGUUAACUGCGAUGCUGAUAUUUGCCUUCUCUGAUCUCCUGAAGUCAGCAUUGUGGAAAAGCCUCUUCCCUCCGUCGGAAGGUACUCCCUGGGAAGGACCAUGGAAAGGCCUCGGCAUAGCACAGAGCGUCUUUGUGGUCUACAACAUCUUUGUCCAUACACAGAUGUUUGCUUUCACCCUUCGCCUUGGCUGGUCAUUUACAAAUAUGAUCAAACAAACCCGUCAUGCCAUUCAAAGACGACCGUCCGAUGUCCCUAUUGCCCCGAUAGACCACAGAGACUCGGUCGACACCGAUUACUCGUUGUGGUCAUCCUCCGACAUUUCAGUUGCUAAGCCAGUCACUGUGGCUCAGGGGAAGUUCAGAACUCCAGAGUUGGUUCACGCCAUCAUUCUUCCCAACUAUUGUGAAGAUUUGCACACCCUGGAGACUACGCUGAGGGUAUUGGCAAGCCACCCAAGAGCCAAGACACAGUAUGAGAUAUAUCUUGCCAUGGAACAGAAGGAGGAGAACUCAAUUAUCAAGGCCACACAGUUGGUCUCUACAUUCGGAAAGUACUUCCUGGCUAUACAACCGACCUUUCAUCCCUCUGGAGUGCAAGGAGAGAUCGCAGGAAAGAGUUCAAAUGUGGCAUUCGCCGCCCGAAAGAUUGUGGAGGCUCAUCGUCUAGCUUUGCGAUCUGAAUCCUGCAAUGUCAUGGUUACUGUGAUGGAUGCGGAUACUCACCUGUCUCGCGAUUACUUCACGGAGAUCCGCCGGCUGCACUAUCACAACAUCACCGAAGCAGAUCAUUCAAUCUACUGCUGUCCGAUUAUUUUCGAUCGCAACUCCAAUGAGAGUCCAAUUCUAGUCCGAUGCGCAGAUCUGCUCUGGAGCUUCGCCGGGCUUUCCACAAUGUACCCAUACACGGUUAUUGCCAUCCCAACUUCGGUCUAUUCUCUCCCGUUGUCUUUGGCCGAGAAAGUAGGUGGAUGGGAUAGUGACCCCACAGCAAUCGGCGAAGACCUGCACAUGCUACUGAAGUGCUACUUCGAGACAGCCGGCCACCUAGUUUCACGCGUCGUCUACAUUCCAGCAAGUCAGUGCAAUGUCUCCAGUGAUAACGGUCGAGGAUGGCGACGAAAUGUGGAUACCUGCGUUGCCCGCUACUGCCAGGCUCUCCGACACAUGUGGGGCGCAUUAGAUUCGGGGUUCACAGCACGUCGAACAAUUGGCUAUCUCCGCUUUCAUCAGCGGUGCUUGUUCCUGCGUCCCCGCCACUUCGCUCUUCUCCAUCUUCUCUGGGAAGCCCAUUUCAUGCCUUGUCAUUUGACGAUCCUGAUGUUGUUUUCUGUGAUCUAUACUCUGUGGACACCUGCUGCGUCGCUACAUCCGACUUUGGCUUGGGCUUUCAGUUUCACCAACACCUUGCGCACGCUCUCUUUCGUCGGAAUGAACAUCUCUCUCAUUCUGUAUGAGCGCUGGCAUGCUAUUUGUCUUAACAGUCGCGUGCAGGAUAUGCACGAGGCCAAUAUCUCUGAUACGGGAUUUUCGCACCGUGUUUGGUACCGGCCACAGCACCUCUUUGAGAGACUCUGCUUCCCCAUCUCGGGUACUCUCUAUGGCGCAGUGCCUACCAUCCAUGCCGUUUUCUCGCACUUCUGGACCGAUCGCUUGGUCUAUCGCGUGAGUAAGAAGCCAACAUUCGUCUUAGAAGAGUUGGGCUUAUGA